CCGGAAAGAUAUUCAGCCCAAACAAAAGAAAGCGAUUCAGAAACGACCGCAGAAAGAAGUGGCGGUGAAGCAGCGGAGCGCCGCAUAGUAGCUGUCUACGCCUCGCUUCCACCCCAGUUUUCAACAAUGAAAUAUAGAGUUCCGCACAGGUUCCCUGUAUUCCCUCACCAUUUUCGUUCCCUCACCCACACAAAGCCCUUCACUUCCUUCACCAGAAGGUUUCUAACCCCUCAAGCCCGAGCUUCUUUCAAUGGCGGAACCGGAAAUUCUCAAGGGGAUUCUUUUCUUCUACCUGGGGCCACAGUUGCUACCAUACUCAUGCUUGGUGUUCUUCAUGCCAGAAGACUCUACGAUGACAAGAAGACUGAAGAGAUGCGGGAAAAAGGAAUUGAGUUGGAAUUCCAACCUGAUGCCAAGGCUGCAUUUUUUAGAUUACUUCCGCUGCGUUCAAUUUCUAGAUGUUGGGGGUGCUUGACAAAUGUGGAAAUACCAGUGUGGUUAAGGCCACAUGUCUACAAAGCUUGGGCUCGGGCAUUCCAUUCUAAUUUGGAAGAAGCUGCUUUACCUCUGGACAAGUAUGCCUCGUUAAGGGAUUUUUUUGUUCGUGCUUUGAAAGAAGGUUCCAGGCCUAUUGAUGCUGAUCCACAAUGUCUGGUUAGUCCUGUGGAUGGUACAGUUUUGAGAUUUGGGGAGUUGCGGGGAGCGGGGGCAAUGAUUGAACAAGUUAAAGGGUUUUCAUAUUCUGUUUUUUCUCUUCUUGGUGCAAGCCCUUCUCUUCCAACAACAGCUGAUGACAAUAUGCAAGAGGAGCAUCGCGAAUCAAUAAAAACUGAGAAGGGCAAGAAAUCUUGGUGGAGUGUUUCAUUAGCUUCUCCAAAAGUUUGGGACCCAAGAUCAUCGUGUCCAAAGAGAGGCCUUUUUUACUGUGUGAUUUACUUAAAGCCUGGAGAUUACCACCGGAUGCAUUCCCCAGCUGACUGGAGCAUUCUUGUGCGCAGGCAUUUUGCUGGCCGUCUUUAUCCUGUGAAUGAACGUGCUACAAGAACAAUUAGAAACCUCUAUACUGAGAACGAGAGGGUUAUUCUUGAAGGUCUGUGGCAGGAAGGGUUUAUGGCACUGGCUGCAAUUGGCGCCACAAAUAUUGGGUCAAUUGAGCUUUUCAUUGAACCUGAACUUCAGACAAAUAAACCAAAGAAGAAGUUACUACAUUCAGAGCGACCUGAAGAGCGAGUUUAUGAUUGUGAUGGUGUUGGCAGAAUACUCAAGAAAGGGAAUGAGGUAGGUGCUUUCAACAUGGGAUCAACCGUUGUACUUGUUUUCCAAGCUCCGAUUUCGAAACUGAAUCACGAGGGUGAUUCAUCACAGGACUUCAAUUUCUGUGUCAAACAUGGGGAUAGAAUUCGUGUUGGUGAGGCUCUUGGGAGGUGGCAUAGUUCGUAAGAUAAUUUUGUGAUUAGCUAUUGAUAUUAAUCGAUGUAUUGACAGUGUUUUCAUUGUCUAAUUAAUGUGUUUUGUGGUAAAUAUAGUAGAUUUGGGAGUGCCAUUUGCAAUUCAAAGUUUAGCACCUUUUGGAUACAAA